UAGCCAGUGUUAAUGGCACGAUGAUAGAAAAGGAGAGCUUAAAAUAUAGUAUUUUGUCGGAAACCAGCUUUAAACAGCAUCAGUGCCUCGCUUUGCACUGGAGAGGGCUUGCAGUAGCUCGCGCGGAUGGUCCUAGCCGUGGGAGGUACAUGGAUGGGAUGAUCCACAUGUUGACUAAUGGCUGUUCUGAAAAACAAAAUGUAUUUAGCUAAAGAGAUGACAUCAAAUGAUACAUCCCAGAAGAUCAUCACAGCGCGGUGACUAGCGCACUCUCCAUUGUGUGCAGCAGAAUGUCUCCACGGGUGCCGACUCUGCUGUCCAGACUGUGGCUGUCCUUGGUUCUGUCUUGUGCUGCUAGGUCGAUGUGGCAAGCCUGUGACAAUGGGAAGCUCUUGCUGGGGAGAGACCUGCCCCGGUCAGCUGUAUGGAGCUGUCCUGUGAUUUCCUGGCCAGAGUCUACUACCCAGAAGAUUCCUAGCAUUGAGACAGAGUAUCCCCCACAGUCGAUUGAGCACGUCUGCAUGGACACACCCAUCACCUACAAUCACACUAUCCCCAACAGUGGUGCUCACCGGACUGUAGGGGCAGAGAGUGGAGAGUACCUGUACUGCCCCCCUCAACGCUGGCUCAACAACCUGCAGCAUGGAGCAACAGUGUUGCUGUACCAUCCGUGUGCUCCUGUUCGUCAGCGUGACCUGCUGUCUGUCCUGGGCCACUGCUGUCUGUCUGACUACAUCAUAACGCCACACCCUGACCUCAGCAAACACAGACCGUUAGCGCUGGUGUCCUGGGGUCGCACUCUGGAGCUGUCCCAGGUGACCACUCCGGAGGUCUGUGAUUGGCUGCAGUUGACAGCGGCACACGGUAACAGUGGCGAUGUGGGUCCAAACAGGAAGUAUAACUUGCUGUUGACCCAUCCUGCGGAUCACAAACACGCAUACCCAAAGAAGUCUCUGAAGCAGUGCUGUGAGGAGACCCUCACUCUGCUGCUGGAUGGACGGUUGGAGGUGACAGACUGGAGGAGAGGGAGGGUACGCAAGAGCCGAGCUGCACUCUGGAACGAGGGGAGGGAGAAAGAGAGCCGGACCACCGUGUUGCCGUCUCUAGCAGUCACCAAGACCAACAGGACUACCCUGAACAGACCUGAAGCACAGGGCCCAGCCAUAGUGAGGGCUACACAGAGAGAUACGGACCCUCUAGCAGUCACCAAGACCAACAGGACUACCCUGAACAGACCUGAAGCACAGGGCCCAGCCAUAGUGAGGGCUACACAGAGGGAUACGGACCAAGGACUCAAAGUGACUCAACCUCGCCGCAGAGAAAAUUACACGGAUGACAAAGAGCCCCGAGGGAAAGUGAGAGAAACAGACCGGCUGAACCAGAACGAAGCAGAGGACAAGAGGCAGAGCGGGAAACCGCGAGACAUCCAGGGGAGAGGGGUGAAGAGCAUCAGACGCGAGGGAGAGAGACGGCCCCGUAACUCUCCAACCGAGAGGGAAAAGGCUCUGUCUCAGAGUCGGCGUAAGCAGUUGGCUGUCACACAGGCGAACAGCCAGGACAGGAAAGCAGGCUGUGAUGGUAGGGUGGGCCACAGCGAGUGCACUGAGACCGUAGCUCCGCUAGGGGGCACGGCGGCUGGACCCGGUGACAGGAUGCUGCCCACUCCACGGACAGACGAGGCGGUGUGGGCGGCGGCGGCGUUGUGCUUCCUCCUGGUGCUGCUGGCACUCUCCAUGCUGCACACCCGCCUUUACCGCCAGUGGCGAACAACGCCCAGCAUGUACUGGCAUGACCCCAAGCAGGACUACGACAGCGUGGCAGAUGUGAUCCACAGGAGGCUGAAGAUGCCAGGGAGGAGGAAGAGGAGGGUGUCCAAGAGCCGAAGACAGGAAUGUGUCCUCCUACCACCCAGCUCCAGCACAGAGGAGGACGAGUAGAAACAGACAUCUAUCUGUUUAUUACACCCAUCUUGUCUUUAGCCCUGGGAGAAGGACACUGGGACCUAAAAGCAGGGUACUCCCAUUUGCCUAAUAACACUGCUCUGUUGAAGAAACUGAGCAUUUUAUGGAUUUUUUUAGUAAGGAGACCCCCGAUUCAUCUUCUAUUGUUAAGGAAUAUUUUAGUAUUUUAACUGUCAUACAACACUCCAUAGUAUAAAACCCCAUUCAAUCAGAUCUCAUUCACAAUCACCACCAAUGAUACCAUUUCACUACGCAUUCAAAUGUUCUCGUAGGGGCCGAUUCAGACUUAGGAAACGUACGCCUUUCCCUACGCACUUCUAAGUAGUUGGUAUUCAGGCUUGCCAUAUGAAGGUAUGCAGCAAGAUUUGCGGGUGUGGCGCCAACAAUAAAUGUAAUUCAACCCCAGAAAACACCCACUGGUUGGCCGACAGAAUUGACAAGGGAGUUUUUGUUCAAUACAUUUUCUGUUCAUUUAUCUAAAGUAAUCCCUUUUGUGUUUGGAUAGUGAAGCUAACAAUUUUUUUAUUUUAGGUCAAAUGUUUCAUAUGAGGCAACCUUUAAUUAGAGGGUAUUUUCAUAUCUGUUUUACCUUCUAGAAAUGACUUCUCCAUUUGAAGUAUUUGGACAAAUUCACUUAGUGUAUUAAAGUAGUCAAGUUUUGAUCCCAUAAUCCUUUGCACUCAAUGACCACAUCGAGCUUGUGACCCUACAAGCUCUUAUUGUAGGGAGAGCAUAUGUUUCUGAACACUUCUACAUUAACGUGGCUGCGACCAUGAUUAUCGAUAAAUCAUGAAUGGAUCGUGAGUAAUGAGUGAAUUACUAACCUCUCCUGUUAUUGGAAAUGGUGAGAGGUUAGCAUGUUUUGUUGCAGCUUAUGUUACCUUCUCACUCAUCAUUAUUCACCAUUUGUCUUAAUCAUGGCAUUAAUCAGGAUUCAUUUGGAAGUGUUCAGAAAGAAAUGUACUCCAGUCAUCCUUCAUUUCUCAUUGGGCAAAAUAUAAUCUGAAACAACAAAACAAUCUGCAAAUAUAUCCAACAAAUUGUAGAGCCAGAAGCUUGAUGUAGUCACGGAGUUCAAGGAAUAUGUAGCCAAAUACUCAACUUUUGAUGAUUUAACACUAAGUGAAUUCUUCAACAUGGGGGACGACGAGAUGAAGUGCUUUCCUUUCUAAAUGUUUAAAACAGAUAUGAAAAUAGCCUCGAGCUGACAUUCUGUACUGUCACCUCAUGAAUCAUGGGAUCUGAAAUCCUAAAUGCUGGAGCCCAAUGACAAGGUUUAGCUUCACUGUCCAAAUAAAUCUGGAGGGGAGCGUAGUUGCUGUUGUAAGCAACGGGCUGUCAGUUGCAGUAGUGGGUACGAGUCCAUCAAAUGCUGUUGUGUGAUGGGGGGGGGGGUUAUUUAAUAUAUGAUGGCUGCAGUUAAUCAAGACAUGGACAGAGAGGAUUUGUAUGUGGAUUAUUGCUCGUCUACUACACAGCCACACUCCUAUGAAGCUAUUGGUUGGAAGCUAACCGUUUCAACCACAGAAUUAGAGAGAUUCUGUUUCUAUGCUUUGAACAACCACAGGAUAUGAAUUCCCCGUUCCCUCGCAAUUGUGCGAGAAAACGAUUGAACAUGAUGUUGCUAUGCAUGGUAAUGAAAACACUUGGGAGCAGCAAUACCCUGUGAGGGCUUUUUAUUUAGUUUUUAACUACUGUGUGAUGUUUACUAGUAACCCUGUACCAGAUGUAGAUGUGUAUACUCUUAUUUACAAUACUAAUGUAUACAUAGACUAAUGAUCUUCAGUCAUAUCCUACUAAAGUAAUGAAAUUACAACCGUGAAAACAAAAAUCACCAUAGUGAUUACCAUGUGGUUACCAUAAUGGAGCAGCUGUAGCCAUAUACAGUGUACAAAACAUUAGGAAAACCUUCCAAAUAUUGAGUUCCACACCUUUUUGCUCUCAGAACUGCCUCAAUGCUUCAGGGCAUGGACUCUACAAAGGUGUAGAAAGCGUUCCCACCGGGAUGCUGGGCCAAUGCUUCCCACCGGGAUGCUGGGCCAAUGCUUCCCACCGGGAUGCUGGCCCAAUGCUUCCCACCGGGAUGCUGGCCCAAUGCUUCCCACCGGGAUGCUGGCCCAAUGCUUCCCACAGUUGCCAAGUUGUCCUUUGGGUGGUGGACCAUUCUUAAUACACACGGGAAACUGUUGAGCGUGAAAAACCCAGCAGCGUUGCAGUUCUUGACACAAACCGUUGCAACGUGCACCUACCACCAUACCCCGUUCAAAGGCACACACACACAAUCCAUGUCACAAUUGUCUCUAGGCUUAAAAAUCCUUCUUUAACCUUCCUCUUCAUCUACACUGAUUAAAGUGGAUUUAACAAGUGACAUCAAUUAGGGAUCAUGGUCUUCACCUGGGCAGUCUGUCAUGGAAAGAGCAGGUGUUUCUUAAUGUUUUGUAGACUGUAUCUGUCAAUAGAAACUUUAGGGCUCCCUUAUGCCCUGGUCAAAAAUAGUGCACUUGGCCUCCUGCGUGGCGCAGCGGUCUAAGGCACUUUGAACGGUGUUUCCGACACAUUGCUGCAGCUGGCUUCCGGGUUAAGCGAGGCCGGGUGUUAAGAAGCAGGGCUUGACUGGUCGCAUGAAAUUGACCUUCGCCUCUCCCGAGCCCGUUAGGGAGUUGCAACGAUGAGACAAGAUCGUAAUCAUAAAAAAUAAAAAAAGGUGCACCACAUAGGGAAUAGUGUGUCAUUGUGGAUGUAACCAUUGAAAUGGUAAAUGUCUGUCCCUAAUAGGCUUCAGCAUGUCCAACAUCACGUCCUCGAGACCGUUAGUGUGUACGCGUACCAAGUAGUGCACUACUUUUUAGUGUGGCCCAUAUAACCUCUGCUAGAAAGAUUCUUCAUGUAAACCGAGGGAAUCUGUUGGGACUGAAUGCGGAGGAUAAUGAGCAGCAGUAGUUCUGGCGCUGGUCAUUUGUACAAAUCCUGAUUUCUCAGCUGUUCGCAUCUUUCAUAUUUUGAUAUGAGGGGGGGGGGGGGCAUUUGGCCUGUAACAUGCGAAGAGAGAGGGUUCUGCUCCCCUCUCUAGCAUCUCUUCUCAACACGUAUGGGCCCAGAAUUUAAUCGAGCAGCUGACAAAUGUGACACUUUAGUUCUGGGUUAACCGAGAUUAUGGCCCAUAGGGUUCUGGUCAAAAGUAUUGCAUUGGAAAGGGAAUAGGAUGCCAUUUGGGACACAUAUGCCACUACUAUGUAAUGAGCUGUGAUUAAAUGUUAAAGACUUCAGACAUAAAAGCUAACAACCUGUGAAAUCAUUCACACCAAGAGGACGGUUAAAGUGUGACUACAUGAACCAGGGAGAGAAAGUGAGAGAGAUUGUAGUUUGUACAGCUUACCCAGAGACGCUCCUUUGAUACGGCCUUUGGCUUACCUCCUGAUGAAUGUUUCAAGUAUCUCAAGCUAAACAAAAAAUACAUACAUUUAAGACAA